AUGAAAUAUGCUGAUGCCGUCCAGAUCUAUGACACUGUGCAGCAGUGGGAGGGGAUUGCCCAGCAGGCCAAUACUGUUAUGAUCCCCUACCAUAUGGACCAGACCCAGUAUUUACAGGACAUUGCCUUCCAGGAUAUAUUGAACAGUGUGGACCUACCUGACUCCGAGUCUAUAGACCCCAUUGAGCAGGGGAUCCGCCGGUUAUGGGACACCAUGGAGCAGAUGGUGUACAAGAGCCAGCAGACAGUGGAUCACAGUGGCCAGGCUAUUUACAUUGAGGCAGUGCAGUCUGAGACUAGGCAGACCCUAUAUCAGCCAUUGUAG